AAAAAACACUGUUGAACUCCAUGAUGAUCAAAGUACAUAUAUAUAAAAGACACCGCACCAAUCACUUCCAACUCAAACUGAUCUCUUCUGUGCAGAGAAAACAUGUCAGUGUCCUUGCAAUCUCCGCCUUCCUCAGCUAUCUCCUCUUUCCAGGGAAGAAAGCUGAGGUUCUCUAAUGGAUCCGCACCUUCCAAUCUGCUCUUCACCUCCCGCAGAUCGCUUCCUCUCAUUCGCGCUUCCGCUGUCGACACUGGCCCCGCUACUGAAUUGGACGCCGUAUCUAGCUUCAGUGAGAUCGUUCCUGACACCGUCAUUUUCGAUGACUUCGAGAGGUUUCCUCCAACUGCUGCUACUGUGAGCUCCGCCCUACUCUUGGGUAUAUGCAGUCUUCCUGAUACCAUAUUUAGAAAUGCUGUGGAUAUGGCGCUGGCGGAUUCGGAGUGUAACAAGCAUGAGAAUUCCGAAUUGAGAUUGUCAUGUUUCUGUAGCAAGGCUUUAGUCAAUGUUGGUGCGGAUUUGGCAAAACUAGUUCCUGGCCGAGUGUCCACUGAGGUGGAUGCACGUCUUGCUUAUGACACACAUGGAAUUAUAAGGAAGGUGCACGAUCUGCUGAAGCUGUAUGAUAGAGUUGAUGUUCCUCCCGAGCGUUUGCUGUUCAAAAUUCCUUCAACUUGGCAAGGAAUAGAGGCUUCAAGAUUACUAGAAUCUGAGGGCAUACAGACGCAUUUGACAUUUGUGUACAGCUUUGCUCAAGCUGCAGCUGCCGCACAAGCCGGCGCUUCUGUUAUUCAGAUUUUUGUUGGGCGUCUUAGGGAUUGGUCCCGCAACCAUUCUGGUGACCCUGAGAUAGAGGCUGCUCUCAAAAGAGGAGAGGAUCCUGGGUUGGCCCUGGUGACAAAGACAUAUAACUACAUCCACAAAUAUGGACAUAAGUCAAAGUUGAUGGCAGCAGCAGUUCGCAAUAAGCAGGACUUAUUCAGUCUCCUGGGUGUCGACUACAUCAUUGCACCACUGAAGGUAUUGCAAUCACUAAAAGAAACAGUCACUACUCCUGAAGAGAAGUACUCUUUUGUCAGGAGGCUAUCUCCACAAUCUGCUGCCAAGUACAAUUUCAAUGAAGUAGAGCUUGUGAAGUGGGACCAAUUAACAUUUGCAUCAGCCGUGGGACCUGCAGCCGUGGAGCUUCUGGCCGGUGGACUAGAUGGUUACGCGAAUCAAGCAAACAGAGUUGAGGAAUUAUUUGGAAAACUCUGGCCACCUCCAAAUGUGUGAAGAGCUUCUUCAGUAGCACUGCGGAUCUUACCUUCCAGGAAUAAGAGUGAAAUGCUGGUUUGGCUCGUGAUUUUCCUUUUUCCUCUCUUCUCUGUUUGUAAUGUUUAUAUGCAGCAACACCGGAUCUCAGAAAAGUACUUGAUUUUGUCAUAAAGACAUGCACAGCUUUUCUGAACUUGUUAAUAGACAUGAGAUGGGCAUUCUGGCGAAGUUAUAGCUCUCUCCUCCCGUCACUUUGUUCACCCCUUAACCUUUUUAUAAAACAUACCAUGGUGACAAGGUAUCAGAAAACUCUUGAGGACCCAAUGUGUGCUA